AUGCUGUCGUUGACCCUUGCCUUGGUGAUUAUCGAUCUGGCCGUGGAGCUCAGCGCUCAAAGGCUUGGGCUGCUCGACCUUCACAUCACUGAGCAAGCUGCUCUAACAGAGCCAAUCGUGUGGGCUCAUGCCGGAGUUGCGCUGCUCCUCUGUUUACUCGGCGCAGCAGACCUGGCGCUGAACGUGGGCGCCGGCGGUGCGCGGGUCUCUUUGCCGCUGAUCCUCUUCGCUGUCAGCGAGUGCGGCUACGUUUUUCGCAUGGUUUUGCCUUGGCUUCACUUUGUACUUGCAAGCUUGGCGCUGGUGACGACCUUAAGUGUUCUGCUGCUGCCUUUCUUUCGGCGCCUGGCCCGGGCUGGAGCUACAGAAUGCCGCAUUCCCUGGGCCUGCAAGCUGGCUCUCGGCGCCUGCUGCAGCGGCGCUCUGUGGAGGUGUCGCUCUGCAUCGCAGGGUGUGGGUGCCGACCUUUUAAGCCAGCUUGCUGGUGAUGCCGUGUCCAUGCUGAUGGGGACUCUCCUGCCGGCGGACUCACGCGAGGUGCUUGCCAACCACGGAACUAUUGUUGGCACGGCUACGAAGGCUACCUUUUAUCCGCCAAUCCUCCUUUUUCAUUGGGAAGCUGGGGCUGACAUCUUGCUGGAUCGCACAAACGAAAGUGCUACGCCCUUCCUACGGGGCCUUGUGCAGAGGCCGGAUGUCUUCUCGGGCAGCGCCAUCACCAACGUCCCUAUCACGCUCAAGACCGCCUGGGAGGUUCUGUGUGGGGUGCCAGCAUCUUCCACAGCAGACUUUCGUGAACAAGGAUCUAGCUUGAGGCAAGAGUGCCUUCCUCGGGCGCUGAAGCGCUGCUGCGGCUAUCGGACAGUGCUGGCGAAGAUGGACGCGGAGCUGCCAGAUCUGCCUCGCCGAGUCUUUGGCUUUGAGGAGACCAUUGUGGCUGAAGAUGCGCAUGCUUUGCUGCAAAAGCUUCGGCAACUGUUGGAUUCAUGGGGCGCGCUGAAUGCAAGUUCACCGGCCUUCGUUUAUUUCUAUGCUGGGGAUGCUCAUCCACCCUACUAUGGGAAUCGUGUCGAACCUUCGGAACGAGGAUAUGCUCAGGAAGAGCUGCUGGAUGUUUUUUUGGCUCUCAAUCGAAGAACUGAUGCUGUCGCAGAGCAGCUUGCGGAAUUCUGGCCACCACGCAAGACACAAGACCAUUGGCAGAAGGAGAAUGGGCUGGCAUUCACCUUUGGAGACCAUGGCGAGCAGCUCAGCGGUGCUGAUCCACCUCCACAUGGAAAUUUGGUUUCGCCGGAUGUGUCACGGACCAUGAUGGCCUUUGAAGCCAGAUCUUUUGCCUCCCGCGUGGCCUCGCCGCCGCUCUUUCGUAUGGCAGACGUCUACGCCACCAUUGCUGGAGUUGUCGGCCUGGAGCUGAAAGGUAAACUAUUUGUUGGGACGAGUCUGCUCGAUGCAAGGCCUGGAGCGCGCGGCUCAAAACGACUAGGAGUUCCAUCGUUCUCCUUCUAUCGACCAGGAGACCUUGCUGCAGCUCACUUCCGUGCUUCGGAUGGCCAGAUGUGUGCUGCAGAGUUCCAUCGUGGCCUUCAAGGAUGGAAAGUUGUCAAGGCAGAUUCCCUGCAACAUCUCUUCGGAAGUGGCAAGAGUCUCGCUUCCAUCGAGGCACCCCUGAGCAGCAAGUGUGCCGGUGAAUCCAUGGCUGCGCUGCACUGGGCUUUAAAGCAGAGACAGGCCAUGAACACGCUGCUGACCGAGUCGAACGUGCACGCGGCAUUGCUAUUUGCUUCAGUCAGGGCCACAUUAGCGCGGGCGACAGCUUUGGCAAACUGGCUUCUGAAGAGCAUGCUUCGGCCUUUCCUGCCUCCUCCGGCCUCCAACUGCACGUUUGGCGACAACAGCACAUUGGGCGACAACGAUGUCCAAGACAACGUGAAUAACUCGUGCGCUGUAUGCCAGAUUUACUGA